CCCGAGAAGAAAGAGAGAGAGGAGGAGGAGAGAGAUAAAUAGCAGAGGAGAGGAGGAGAAAGGACAUGGGCUGCUGCAACCAGGGUUACCUGCAUAUAUCAAGAGACCGCGGGAGUUUAAUCUAAUUAACGGAGCUGGUGACUGCGCCAAAACCUGCUCUCAUUGGGGAUUUUCUCCUACUGCUCAUCCAACUUUUCCUUUUCUGCGCUUUUCUGGCUGACCCUUGCUCGCUGCUCGUAAAGUCCCUACUCAUCACCUGGAUCUCGGUUCAGAUCUCCUGUACUGAAAAGCAGAUCGGUUGUUGUAUCUGUGAUGGGGGCAGCGGCCGAGGUUGGGGGUUUCACCAACGGAUUUCUGGACAGCUUUGGUCCCGCGGGCGCAGUUGCGGCUCCCGUUGGUUCUCAUUUUGUUCUCAGCCCAGCUGGGGCGGUGGACUACAACUCAGUAACCGGACUGCUGAUGGGAGGACAGGGGCAGCAGCAGGAGCACCUGGUGUCUGCGGAGAGGCUGUCCCGGAGCCUGGCGGACCUCAGCCAUCUGAAGGGGAUCCUGAGGCGGCGGCAGCUCUACUGCAGGACCGGGUUCCACCUGGAGAUCCGCCCCGAUGGCACUGUGCAGGGCACCAGGAAGGACCACAGCAGAUUCGGUAUUCUGGAGUUCAUCAGUCUAGCUGUAGGCCUGGUCAGCAUCAGAGGGGUGGACAGCGGCCUAUACCUUGCCAUGAACAGCAAGGGAGAGCUGUAUGGAUCAGAAAAGUUGUCAGCAGAAUGUGUUUUUAAGGAGCAAUUUGAGGAAAACUGGUACAACACAUACUCCUCCAACAUCUACAGGCAUGGAGAGAAAGGUGCGUUUUACUUUGUUGCUCUGAACAAAGAUGGAACAUCCCGGGAUGGAACAAGGUCGAGACGACAUCAGAGGUUCACUCAUUUCUUACCAAGGCCUGUAGACCCAGACAGAGUACCAGAGCUGUACAGGGAUAUACUGGGCCAGAGCUGAGACUGUAGAGGGGCUGCUUUGACCCUGCCAGAACCAAGCUUGAGCUGUAAAGCCACCCAUGUGCACCUAAUUUCAGUCUCUUCUUGAGGAAGAUGGAAGAUCUUGUUGAUCUGGACAAAACAAGAUCACAAAAGUGCACCAAAUAAACACUCUCCACUGCUGGAAUGCAGGAAGGAAAGAGACCCCCUGUAACUGUCCAGGGAGUUUGACUGAACAGUACCAGAGAUCUUCUGGAGGAUGUGAAGGCAUCAUGACAGAGACAAAGAUUACCUGGGCACCAACUAUUGCCUCUUUUUUGGCCUAUGCAGAGACCAUGGGGCCCAAAUAGAUCAUUUUUGGAUUUCCUUUGAGUCUCCAUUAAUUAAGUCCAACUACCUGCUAGUUCAAACUGCAUGCUUAUGAGGUCAAAAGUAUGGACCUAACAGUUGAGAUUAACAACUGGCUGCUAAAAGCUCUUUACUGCUGUCUUGUCAAUUCCACUGUUUUCAGUAGACCUUUUAAUUUUAAUCUAUACUGCUGUGGCUGCUAAGUAAACAAGUCAUUAAAAAGCAUAAUCCACAACACAGUGUGGCUGGUUUACACAAAUAAGUAGUUUCAUGCACUGGAAAGCAACACUGUUUGUUCUGCAAAACGGGUCUGGGAUCUGGUGGAAGCACCUGUGUCACACCGACUGUUGUCAAGGCAUGGAUGGAUCCUCUUUGAAAUUUUUCCAAGUAUAGAUGCUGCUCAGAAAUGAUGACUUUUCUACAAAGUGCAUGUGGGAUUCCAGAAGAAAAAGUGGCCAAAUGGAGUUUUUUAAAGACUUCUUCUGUUGUGUCCCAUGGGAAAUUUUCUGUGUUCUGUUGGAAAUCUAGCAACUCAGACCAGAACCCAGUGAAGGAAUCCUGUUGUUCUCUCACUGACUGCAGUGAAUCGAUGAGGAUGGGACCCAACAAAGACACCUUUACAAACACAUUGACAGACUUUAUUCUUAUUUAU